CCAGUUCAAGGGCAUUUCUCCCAAGGCUCUCCCAACUCUUCUUGUACUUUUAAUACACUCUUACCUAUUUAGAACGUACACCAGUUCGCGUGUAGUACACCAUUUCCUCCAUUGCUCGAUCUUUUUUAUCUUCAUUCCUUCCUUCUUCCUCCUUUGCGUUACAGAGAGAGAGAGAGCGAAGAUGAUGCACAUGACCUUUUACUGGGGUAGGAAGGUGACCCUCCUGUUCGAUUCAUGGAAGACGAAUUCCUGGACCAGCUACGCCUUCACCUUGCUCGCCUGCCUCGUGCUCGCUGCCUUCUACCAGUUCUUGGAAGAUCGCCGCAUCAAAUUCAAGCUCCUCGCCGCCGGCCGCCCCCCCGCCCAGUCUCCGAUCGAAGCCCCCCUUCUCCAAAGGAAGAUCGCCGGCUGGGGUCCCGCGAAGUUCGCCGGCGCCUUCCUCUUCGGGAUCAACUCCGCGAUCGGGUACCUUCUCAUGCUCGCUGUCAUGUCCUUCAACGGAGGCGUGUUCAUAGCCGUCGUCGCGGGGCUUGCUAUCGGCUACUUGCUCUACAGAAGCGGCGGCGACGAUGUGCUGGUAGUUGAUAACACAUGCGGUUGCGCUUGAUUUGAAAUCUAGAAAUUCCCAGUUCCGAUAUUUUCUGAUGUUAAGUUAUACGCUUCUUUCAGAUUUUGAUUUCCUAUUUUCAAAUUGCGGUGUGAUCAAAUGGUGGUGGGGGUUUUCGAUCGUUUGGAGGGGAUUCUGUGUUGCGAAAAAUAUGUAUAUCUGUAACUGUCUCUAGCAAUCUCAGCUUCGUUAUGCGUCAA